ACCAUCCCGUUGGAACGGCAAAUAAAUGGAGAAUGUCAAUCUGUCACGACAUGUCAUCGUAAAUAAAAUGGAUAAUCUAUCUUUGGCCACUUAGCCCUGGCUAAUGUCAGGUUAACGUUAAAAAUGACAGGACAGUAAAUACACAACCCAGAAAUGAGACAGACAUUGUUGAUCCUUUUAAUUGGCUUAAAUUUAUGUGGCUGUAAGAUUUUAAGGCUUUCCGAUGAACUAAAGAAAAAUUCUACAACAAUUUAUGGAAAACUCUUCGUGAAACUAAUGAAAGAUAAACGUUAUGAGUCAUUGCUGUUGUAUGGUGAGGAAACAAAUUGGAAAUUUGGAUGCUUUCAUAUUUUGGAUACUCUGCAGACGAUGGAAAUUCCCGCAAUUAGAAUAAGUUCCAAAGUAAAUAUGAAAAUAUCUGAAAAAUUCAAUAACGAAGUUGUGGCUUGGAUUUGUUUGCAUUCCUUGCAGAAUAGGACGGAGUUCAGUGAUUUGGCUUCGGCUCUGGAUCACAUGAGAUAUACAAGGGUCAUCGUACAAGUUAUGGGAAGGGGUACACACAAUGAGCUCAAUAAUUUCUAUGAAUUCUCUACGAAACUGCAAAUGUUAAAUGUCAUGGUGUGUUUCGAAGAUUUCCCCCUGACUGGAGUGUAUUAUCUUUAUGGGUUAUUUUCUCCGAGCAAACUAGAAGAGCAUGUUUUUAAUCCGGUACAGGAUCAAGUAAUAUUUCCCCAAAGAAUACAAAAUAUGCAAGGAUACCCCCUCCGUACUUUGGUGGAGCAUACUAUACCCCAAGCUAUUGAAUAUUACGAUGCCGAGGGCAAACGUCGUUUGGCCGGUCAAUUGGGUCGUUUUGUCACAUCUUUGGCCGAGAAAUGGAAUGCCACCUUGACCUUUCCCUACGAUGUGCCCCAUAGUGUGGCAAUUAAUUAUCGGAAAUUUCUACCACUUAUGCGUAACUAUUCAUUAGAUGUACCGGCAACAUCCUCGGCUGUGUUUUGGAGAGAUGAUUUUCGAGAAUUUUCCUAUCCAUUUGAAUUAUCCUAUGCAUGUUUGCUAUUGCCUGUUGAACAUCCUUGGGAAUUUCGUUAUAUUCUGCUGCAUCUUAUGGAAUCUUUUUUUAUGGCAAUAAUGUUCGGAUUAAUAGCUGCAUUUUCAGUGAUUUUCUAUUGCCAAAGAAUUGUUCAGACGUCGGCAUCCUUGUCUUAUAACUGGCCAAUAUAUGUUAUCAACACCGAUGUCAUUCAAGGAGUUUUUGGAUUCUCCGUAAACUAUAAGUCCCAGAAACGGUUCUCCCUCAACCUUUUAUACAUCACCCUAUUCGUAUGCGGUCUAACCAACAGCUCAUUAUUCAAUUCGAAAAUAUACUCCUACAUAACGCAUCCCUCGCCUUCCAAGCCAAUACGCAACUAUGAAUAUUUGGAAAACUCACCCCUAAAAGUAGCCAUUGCUCAAGUCGAAUUUGAUUAUUUCAACUAUGUCUCAAAUAUUUCCUCAAAUCUGUCUCGAUCGAAAUUCUACAUAAUGGAAAAUAUUACCGAUUUCUAUAAGUUACGCGACACCUUUGAUAACCGCUAUUGCUAUUUCACCUUUGCAGCAAAAAUGUUUCACUACAAAAGUUUCCAACAGGUCAAGGGUGUGAAAAUGUUUCGUUUGUCCAAGGAAAUGUGCCCUAACCCAUUGAUGUUGUUACACAUUCCCCUCUCGCCGAAUUCGUAUUUUCGUCAGGCCAUCAAUUUUGCAAUUUUGGAAGUAUGGCAAUCGGGAUUAUUGUAUUACUGGCAAUCGAUUUCAAAUGCUGAUGUUGUGAAGACGGGCAAUAAAAUCCGUGUUAAUUUAACAACAAGUGAUAGUGUAUCCUUAAUGAGGACGAAGGAUAUGAAUGUAAUAUUCUUAAUUUAUUUUGUUAUUAUGUUAAUUGCUUUUAUUGUAUUUGCAUUGGAAAUAAUUGUAUUUCAGAUAUAUAACAAAAGAUAA